AUGCGCCAGCGAGUCGCUCGACGUUGCAAAUUCUACGUGAUCAUCAACGCGUUUAUCCUCAGCGUCGGCCUGUUCACUUACGCCGCGUUGUUAUCGAUGGAUCGCAGCGGAGAGUCCCCAGGAAUGCUUCUACAGCUGUCGCUGGUCUACAGCGUCGGUUUGCUACGUAUUGUAGCGAUGAUCAAGUGGUUCGAUAUGAUCGCGUCUACGAAGCCGCAUAUUCACGGUAAGAAGCGUAUACAGCUCACUGCCGAGCAGACCAGAUCCAUCUACUGCAGCAUCUUACGGGUCGCGGUGCCCACCGAGUGCGCGUCGUUCUGGUUUGCAAACCAGACUGCUGGGUCCAUACAAGGCAGUCUAAACUGGCAGAUGUUCCUCGUCGAAUUCGCCACGUUUAUCCCCAAAUCCCUACUCUUUGAAGUCACCUUUGACUUCUUCCACUACGUGAUGCACCGGGCAUGCCACUACAUUCCGUGGCUUUACAAGAACGUCCACAAGCGUCACCACCUGCAUCUCCACCCGUGCCCUCUAUCGACGUAUGCACAAGACGGCAUGGAUCUAAUCCUCACCAAUGUGCUGCCGUUCUGUUUAGCGUGGAGUUUUGACUUCUCGAUGUCGGGCCUCCAGUUGCACCUGCUCUUUGCGUACAAGACGUACGUGGAAGUUGCAGGUCACUCGGGAUUGGAUGUCAAGGGCGUGUCGUUCCCACAAUUGCCGCUGCUAAACAAUGUUACCGGCAUCUGUUCGCGCAUCCACGAUCAUGACUUACACCACACUCAUCAGCGCUACAAUUUUGCCAAGAGAUUUUCACUUUGGGACAAGGUCUUUCACACAUUUCGUGAGGGCCGUGCAGUAAAAGUUGCGGCGCGAUAA